UAUGUGACCACUAGCCUUGUUGGACUUCAUCAAGGUCUACAAGACAACACUCUAACCUUGAAAAUCUGUAGAACUUACUCAGCCAACCCAUCAUUCACCUCUCGUAUUCAACCUCCAUUCUAAUCACCUCAAAAAUCAUCCACCAUCAAUGGCCCUCUUCAGCCCAUCAGCCAAUGAUCUCCACACCUUAAAAUCCACACCAAAAACAAUCCUCAUAACAGGCGGCUCCUCAGGCAUAGGCCUCGCAACCGCCACCCUCCUCUCUUCCCUAAACGCCUCCCACAACCUAAUCCUAGUCGACCUCCAACCCCCACCCCCAUCAUUCACCCACCCAACCUCCCAUCUCCUAAUCCAAACCUGCGACAUCACAUCAUGGGUCUCGCAACGCACCGCCUUUGAAGCCGGGUACAAGAAAUUCGGCCGAAUCGACUGCGUAUUUGUCAACGCCGGCAUUGCAGAACACGCCGAGCAGUUUUUCACAGAUGAACUGGACGCCGAUGGCGCGUUGAAAGAGCCGGAUCGCAGGGUGCUGAAGCUCGACAUGGAUGCUGCGGCUGACACGACGAAGCUCGCCAUCCACUACUUGAGGAAGAAUGAGCGCGGUGGCGAGAUCGUGCUGACGGCGAGUUUUGCGGGCUAUCUGGCGAGUGCGGGCGCGCCGCUGUAUUCUGCUGCUAAACACGGACUGAUGCGCGCGCUUAAGCAGGAAUGCGCCAAACUCGACAUCAGCAUCUCGGUCGUCGCGCCCGCUAUAACUGUAACCCCCAUUCUGACAGCAAAUAACCGCCGCAUGAACGCCGCUCCGGACGUCUACGCCGCCGAGAUGGCAAAAGCUGGCGUCCCCAUUAACAGGCCAGAGUCUAUCGGGUUGGCAGUGUGCUGGCUUUUCAACGAGGGCAAGGCAGGUAAUGGCGCGGGCAUCUUCAUCCAGGCGGACAAGUUCUCUGACCUGGAGAGGGGGCUGGCUAAGUCGCGGGAACAGUGGAUGGGGAAAGAGAUGCUGGAGCUGUUUAGGGGGGGGAGGGGGGCGCCGCUAUUCGACAGGCUCGAGGGUGGAAAGGCUAAGCUUUGAUGGGGGAUCGGGGGUGCUGUGUACUGGGAUGAGGAGAUCGAUUCCCAAGCUUCUUUCUUGC